UUUCCAGGAAAGCCUCUCCAGCAUCCGUUCCAAACGGAACCCUAGAGCACCAUACUUUGGAACUUUACACAAGCCAUGACUAUGAACAAGAUACGCAACCGGGAUCUGUUGGACAAGGCUCUCAGCAAGACUGCUGCAUCAAGCAACCAAUCGAAUAGCAAUGAAAACAGUACUAAACUCUUCUACUGCACUGUGCGUAACAUCCCUUCCACAAUGAGAUCGAAAGAUCUUCGGAUAUACUUCUUGGACUACGUGGAAAAUGGAAGAUUUCAUUGCUUCCACUUCAGGCAUCGACCGGAACGCCAGGAGGAGAGCACAACAACUCCGCAAGCAUCUCCCGCGAAGAAAGAAUCAUCUACAUCAUGUUGUGUCAUUAGCUUUACUUCAAAGGAAGAAAGAUCUCGGUUUAUUCAAGAGUUCCAUGGACGUCACUGGACGAACAGCGAUGGAAUGGACAUCCCUCGUAGAUGUUUUGUCACUGCAGUGAAAGUUGCAGAGGGUAGCGAAUGCUCGUCCGAUUGUGUUACUGAGGCUGAUCUACGACAAAUGAUAGAAUUGCGACCGCCACUGGUGAUGCCUCACGGGAAUGUGGGUACUCCUACGCAGUACUUCCUGGACCAGAUCCGUCUUUGCCGAUUGCCCGUGUCUCUCAUCGCCAAGCUGGGUUUGAAGUCAACUAGACGGAGGAGGAAGUAUGACUCAGUUCCUUUUCAGUAUUCUUAUAGUGUGAAAGGUGACCUUCAUCUUUCUGCUAAAGAUUUGUUGAAGAGAAAAGUUACCGAGAAAGAACAACUUGAUGAAGAUCAGUCAAUUCGCGAACAGCCAAUACCAGCAGAUCUCACUGAUAAAAUUUUGCUUAACGACUACGGACCAGACAGUGAUGCUGGAGCGGAUAAUGAUGACGAUCAGUGCGAAGAAUGGGAACGGCACGAAGCUCUCCAUGAUGAUGUAACCGAGCAAGAUCGUACGAAGCCAAGAAAGUACGAAGAAGAAAUGGAGAUAGUUUGGGAGAAAGGUGGACCUGGAUUAGUCUGGUACACCGAUAAAAACUACUGGGAUGAACGAGAAAAAGGAACGGAUUGUGACUGGGCGUGGGCGGACGAUUGGGAUGUGGAUUACUCUGUAUAUUACGAGGGAAAGCUAGCUGCAUCAAAAGACGCUCGCGAUGCCGUCGAAAUGAGAGAGGAUGAAGCUAAAAGAUCCGGAAAGCUAAAUGACUCCGUCUUUACCAAGAAAAAUAAUCGUGAACUGCGUCAUGAGCGAAAACGGCGCAAUAGUGGUUCUGAUGUGAUUGACAUUGAGCAAUACUCGAAAGGAAUUGGAAGCAAACUCCUGGGAAGAAUGGGGUGGAAGCCUGGAGCCGGUUUGGGUCGAACGCAGCAAGGUAGAGUGCAUCCAGUGGCAAUUCAGUUGGAGGAGGAUGGUCAAAUCGGCUCUGAGAAGAAAGGUUUUGGCUAUCACGGCGAAAGAAUGCAACGGACAGGAUUUGCAAAAGUACCUAAAGUACAUGCUAUCGCAUCUGUUUUCGAUGAGACCACUGAUAAAAUUCCCAAAUCGUACAAGAGGGUCGGAGAUGAUGCUUCUGGAGAUGUGUUGUUCCGCAGAGCCGAGCCCACUACCAUGAAAUAUAGAGAAAAGUUCUUCAAAUGACUGUACAGAUGUAUAAAACAAGUAGUUGUGUGUGAUUGGUAGAGGCUGCAGCAAGGCCCUUUGUAUCAAAAACAUGUAUAUAUAAAGAUGUAAAAGCGGU